GUCGAGGCGCGGCGCGGCGCGGCGCAAGCUGCUCCAGGCCCAGGUGAAUGGAGUAACCUGACAGCGGCGACGAGGCGACGGCGAGCGGCAGGAAAUGGCGGCGGCGGCGGCGGCGCCGGGCGGCACCGGGAGGCCUGGGCUGUGACGCGCGCGCCGGAGCGGGGUCCGAUGGUUCUGGAAGGCCCGCGGCGCCCCGUGCUGCAGUAAGCUGUGCUAGGACAAAAAUGCAAUGAAAGAAACACUGGAUGAAUGAAAAGCCCUGCUUUGCAACCCCUCAGCAUGGCAGGCCUGCAGCUCAUGACCCCUGCUUCCUCACCAAUGGGUCCUUUCUUUGGACUGCCAUGGCAACAAGAAGCAAUUCAUGAUAACAUUUAUACGCCAAGAAAAUAUCAGGUUGAACUGCUUGAGGCAGCUCUGGAUCAUAAUACCAUCGUCUGUUUGAACACUGGCUCAGGGAAGACAUUUAUUGCAGUACUACUCACUAAAGAGCUGUCCUAUCAGAUCAGGGGAGACUUCAACAGAAAUGGAAAAAGGACCGUAUUCUUGGUCAACUCUGCAAACCAGGUUGCUCAACAAGUAUCAGCUGUCAGAACUCAUUCCGAUCUCAAGGUUGGGGAAUACUCAAACCUAGAAGUAAAUGCGUCUUGGACAAAAGAGAGAUGGAACCAAGAGUUUACUAAGCACCAGGUUCUCAUUAUGACUUGCUAUGUCGCCUUGAAUGUUUUGAAAAAUGGCUUCUUAUCACUGUCGGACAUUAACUUGUUGGUGUUUGAUGAGUGUCAUCUUGCCAUUCUGGAUCACCCCUAUCGAGAAAUUAUGAAGCUCUGUGAAAAUUGUCCAUCAUGUCCUCGAAUUUUGGGACUAACUGCUUCCAUUUUAAAUGGGAAAUGUGAUCCAGAGGAAUUAGAAGAAAAGAUUCAGAAACUGGAGAAAAUCCUUAAGAGUAAUGCUGAAACUGCCACUGACCUGGUGGUCUUAGACAGGUAUACUUCUCAGCCAUGUGAGAUUGUGGUAGAUUGUGGACCAUUUAUUGACAGAAGUGGGCUUUAUGAAAGACUGCUGAUGGAAUUAGAGGAAGCACUUAAUUUUAUCAAUGACUGUAAUAUAUCUGUACAUUCAAAAGAAAGAGAUUCUACUUUAAUUUCUAAACAGAUUCUGUCAGACUGUCGUGCAGUAUUGGUAGUUCUGGGACCCUGGUGUGCAGAUAAAGUAGCUGGCAUGAUGGUGAGGGAACUUCAGAAGUACAUCAAACAUGAGCAAGAGGAGCUGCACAGGAAGUUCCUAUUGUUUACAGACACUUUUCUGAGGAAAAUCCAUGCACUGUGUGAAGAGCACUUCUCACCUGCCUCGCUUGACCUGAGAUUUGUGACUCCUAAAGUAAUAAAACUGCUCGAAAUCUUGCGCAAAUAUAAACCAUAUGAGCGGCAGCAGUUUGAAAGUGUCGAGUGGUACAACAACAGGAACCAGGACAAUUAUGUGUCUUGGAGUGAUUCUGAGGAUGAGGAUGAGGAUGAAGAAAUUGAAGAAAAAGAGAAGCCAGAGACAAAUUUUCCUUCUCCAUUUACCAAUAUUUUAUGUGGAAUUAUUUUUGUGGAAAGAAGAUACACAGCAGUUGUCCUAAACAGAUUGAUAAAGGAAGCUGGCAAACAGGAUCCAGAGCUGGCUUAUAUCAGCAGCAACUUUAUAACUGGACAUGGCAUUGGAAAGAAUCAGCCUCGAAACAAACAGAUGGAAGCAGAGUUCAGAAAACAGGAAGAGGUACUUAGGAAAUUUCGAGCACAUGAGACAAACCUGCUUAUUGCAACAAGUAUUGUAGAAGAGGGUGUUGAUAUUCCAAAAUGCAACUUGGUGGUUCGUUUUGAUUUGCCCACAGAGUAUCGAUCCUAUGUUCAAUCUAAAGGAAGAGCAAGGGCACCGAUCUCUAAUUACAUUAUGUUAGCAGAUACAGACAAAAGAAAAAGUUUUGAAGAAGACCUGAAAACCUACAAAGCAAUUGAAAAGAUUUUGAGAAACAAAUGUUCCAAGUCUGUUGAUACUGGUGAGGCUGACGUUGAUCCUGUUGUGGAUGAUGACGACGUUUUCCCACCGUAUGUGUUGAGGCCUGAUGAUGGGGGUCCCCGGGUAACAAUCAACACAGCCAUUGGACACAUCAAUAGAUACUGUGCUAGAUUACCAAGUGAUCCGUUUACUCAUCUAGCUCCCAAAUGUAGAACCCGAGAGUUGCCUGAUGGUACAUUUUAUUCAACUCUUUACCUGCCAAUCAACUCACCUCUUCGAGCCUCCAUUGUUGGCCCACCAAUGAGCUGUGUGCGAUUGGCUGAAAGAGUCGUAGCUCUCAUUUGCUGUGAAAAACUGCACAAAAUUGGUGAACUGGAUGAACAUUUGAUGCCAGUUGGAAAAGAAACUGUUAAAUAUGAGGAAGAGCUUGAUUUACACGAUGAAGAAGAAACCAGUGUUCCAGGAAGACCAGGUUCCACAAAACGAAGGCAGUGCUACCCAAAAGCAAUUCCAGAGUGUUUAAGGGAUAGUUAUCCCAAACCCGAGCAGCCCUGUUACCUGUAUGUGAUAGGAAUGGUCUUAACUACUCCGUUACCUGAUGAACUUAACUUCAGAAGGCGGAAGCUCUAUCCCCCCGAAGACACCACACGAUGCUUUGGGAUACUGACAGCCAAACCCAUACCUCAGAUUCCACACUUUCCUGUGUACACACGCUCUGGAGAGGUCACCAUAUCCAUUGAGUUGAAGAAGUCUGGAUUCACGUUGUCUCUGCAGAUGCUCGAGUUGAUUACAAGGCUUCACCAGUAUAUAUUUUCACAUAUUCUUCGGCUUGAAAAACCUGCACUAGAAUUUAAACCUACAGACGCUGAUUCAGCAUACUGUGUUCUACCUCUUAACGUUGUUAAUGACUCCAGCACUUUGGACAUUGAUUUUAAAUUCAUGGAAGAUAUUGAGAAAUCUGAAGCGCGCAUAGGCAUUCCCAGCACAAAGUAUUCAAAAGAAACUCCCUUUGUUUUUAAAUUAGAAGAUUAUCAAGAUGCAGUUAUCAUUCCAAGAUACCGCAAUUUUGAUCAGCCUCAUCGAUUUUACGUAGCUGAUGUGUACACUGAUCUUACCCCACUCAGUAAAUUUCCUUCCCCUGAGUAUGAAACUUUUGCAGAAUAUUAUAAAACGAAGUAUAACCUUGACCUGACCAAUCUCAACCAGCCACUGCUGGAUGUGGACCACACAUCUUCCAGACUUAAUCUUCUGACACCUCGACAUUUGAAUCAGAAGGGGAAAGCUCUUCCUCUCAGCAGUGCUGAGAAGAGAAAAGCCAAGUGGGAGAGUCUGCAGAAUAAACAGAUACUGGUUCCAGAACUCUGUGCUAUACAUCCAAUUCCAGCAUCGCUGUGGAGAAAAGCAGUCUGUCUCCCCAGUAUACUUUAUCGCCUUCACUGCCUUUUGACUGCAGAGGAGCUAAGAGCCCAGACAGCCAGUGAUGCUGGCGUGGGAGUCCGAUCACUUCCUGCGGAUUUUAGAUACCCUAAUUUAGACUUCGGGUGGAAAAAAUCUAUUGACAGCAAAUCUUUCAUCUCAAUUUCUAACUCCUCUACGGCUGAAAAUGAUAAUUACUGUAAGCACAGCACAAUUGUAGUCCCUGAAAAUGCUGCACAUCCAGGUGCUAAUAGAACCUCCUUAGAAAACCACGACCAAAUGUCUGUGAACUGUAGAGCAUUACUCAGCGAGUCGCCGAGUAAGCUUCAGAUUGAGGUUUCAACAGAUCUGACAGCAGUUAAUGGUCUUUCUUACAAUAAAAACCUUGCCAAUGGCAGUUACGACUUAGCUAACAGAGACUUUUGCCAAGGAAAUCAGCUGAAUUACUACAAGCAGGAAAUACCUGUACAACCAACUACCUCAUAUCCCAUUCAGAAUUUAUACAAUUAUGAGAACCAGCCCAAGCCCAGCGAUGAAUGUACUCUACUGAGUAAUAAAUACCUUGAUGGAAAUGCUAACAAAUCUACCUCAGAAGGAAAUCCCGUGAUUGCCGCGAUGCCCGGUACGACAGACACCGUUCGAGCGCUUAUGGACAGGAGGGGUGCUGAGCAGAGCCCUUCUGUUGGGUACUCCUCGAGGACUCUUGGCCCCAAUCCUGGACUCAUUCUUCAGGCUCUAACUUUGUCAAAUGCCAGUGAUGGGUUUAACCUGGAGCGGCUUGAAAUGCUUGGCGACUCCUUUCUAAAGCACGCCAUCACCACGUAUCUGUUUUGCACUUACCCUGAUGCUCACGAGGGCCGCCUUUCGUACAUGAGAAGCAAAAAGGUCAGCAACUGUAAUCUCUAUCGCCUUGGCAAAAAGAAGGGACUGCCCAGCCGCAUGGUGGUGUCUAUAUUUGAUCCCCCUGUGAAUUGGCUUCCUCCUGGUUAUGUGGUAAAUCAAGACAAAAGUAACACAGAUAAAUGGGAAAAGGAUGAAAUGACAAAAGACUGCAUGUUGGCUAAUGGCAAACUGGACGAUGACUCGGAGGAGGAGGAGGAAGAGGAGGAGGAGGAGGAGGAGGAGGAGGAGGAGGAGGACCUGAUGUGGAGGGCUCCGAAGGAGGAAGCCGAGUAUGAAGACGAUUUCCUGGAGUAUGAUCAGGAGCAUAUCAAGUUCAUAGAUAACAUGCUGAUGGGCUCAGGAGCUUUUGUAAAGAAGAUUUCUCUUUCUCCUUUCUCAACCACUGAUUCUGCAUAUGAGUGGAAAAUGCCCAAAAAGUCCUCGUUAGGUAGCAUGCCAUUUUCAUCAGACUUUGAGGACUUUGACUACAGCUCUUGGGAUGCCAUGUGCUAUCUGGAUCCUAGCAAAGCUGUUGAGGAGGAUGACUUUGUGGUGGGGUUCUGGAAUCCGUCAGAAGAAAACUGUGGCGUCGACACAGGAAAGCAGUCCAUUUCCUACGACCUGCACACAGAGCAGUGCAUUGCCGACAAGAGCAUAGCUGACUGCGUGGAAGCCCUGCUGGGCUGCUACCUGACCAGCUGCGGCGAGCGGGCUGCUCAGCUGUUCCUCUGCUCGCUCGGCCUGAAGGUGCUCCCGGUGAUUAAGAGGACUGCUCGGGAAAAGGGCCUGUGCCCUGCCCGGGAGAAUUUCAGCAGCCAACAAAAGAACCUUUCAGGGAGCUGCGCUGCGGCCAGCCCUCGGCCCUCGGCGUGGAGGGACUUGGAGUACGGCUGUCUGAAGAUCCCCCCAAGGUGUAUGUUUGACCAUCCAGAUGCAGACAAAACCCUGAAUCACCUGAUAUCAGGGUUCGAAAAUUUUGAGAAGAAAAUCAACUACAGAUUCAAGAAUAAAGCUUACCUUCUGCAGGCCUUCACGCAUGCCUCCUACCACUACAACACUAUCACUGAUUGUUACCAGCGCUUAGAAUUCCUGGGAGAUGCAAUUUUGGACUACCUCAUAACCAAGCACCUUUACGAAGACCCACGGCAGCACUCCCCAGGGGUCCUGACCGACCUGCGCUCUGCUCUGGUCAACAACACCAUCUUUGCGUCACUGGCUGUGAAGUAUGACUACCACAAGUACUUUAAAGCUGUUUCUCCCGAGCUCUUCCAUGUCAUUGACGACUUUGUGCAGUUUCAGCUUGAGAAGAACGAGAUGCAAGGGAUGGACUCUGAGCUUAGGAGAUCAGAGGAGGAUGAAGAAAAAGAGGAGGAUAUUGAAGUUCCAAAGGCCAUGGGGGAUAUUUUUGAGUCACUUGCUGGUGCCAUCUAUAUGGAUAGUGGAAUGUCGCUGGAGAUGGUGUGGCAGGUGUACUAUCCUAUGAUGCGACCACUAAUAGAAAAGUUUUCUGCAAAUGUGCCCCGUUCCCCUGUGCGAGAACUGCUUGAAAUGGAACCAGAAACUGCCAAAUUUAGCCCGGCUGAGAGAACUUACGAUGGGAAGGUCAGAGUCACUGUGGAAGUAGUAGGAAAGGGGAAAUUCAAAGGUGUUGGCCGAAGUUACAGGAUUGCCAAAUCUGCAGCAGCAAGAAGAGCCCUCCGAAGCCUCAAAGCAAAUCAACCUCAGGUUCCCAACAGCUGAAGCCCCUUUUUAAACUUAAAGACAACAACAACAACAAAAUAAAAUAAAAUAACAGAAUUAAGGGGAAAAUAUUUAAAUCAAAAAGAAUGAUUUAAGUUGGUAUUGAGCAGAAUGAAUGGAAGGCAGAAUUUAAAGUUUGAUAACAAGAUAGAUAACAGAAUAAAACAUUUAACAUAUGUA